AUGCUCUACUUCUUAUAUAAUUACUCGAAAAAUCUCGAAACCGGUGUCUUCUCUGGGCGACCUGCGGAUUACCUUUACAUGUUAAUAUUUAAUUGGUUGAUUUGCACGGGAAUAUGCAUGGCCGCGGGGGUAUAUUUUCUGUUGGAACCGAUGGUGUUGAGUGUUUUAUAUGUGUGGUGUCAGCUAAAUAAAGACACGAUUGUUUCAUUCUGGUUCGGAACAACAUUCAAG